GGUGUGUAAUGUCUAUGACAUUUGCUGCCAGAAGAAGCUAGGUUUUAACAGCUAACCGAUGAGAGGAAACAACUUAUUUUUGUACAUUUUUUGCCCCCCCCUCGUAACCGCUUAGCUAAAAUUCGGACUCGCUUUCCUAUAUACCUACGCUAUGACAUGUUUUAAUGUAGGGUUUUAUUUUCAAACUAGUGUUAUUAUUACACACUUUGUAGAGUAGGCUAACGAUAAGGACUAACUUGUACAGUAGACCCACUUGUGCUUUGGGGUGUUGUUUUAGCUCUGCAACGUACAACAUUUAACUUGAGAUAAUUUAUUCGCUUUUGUAUGCCAGCACGGAUGAAUAAUUAAAGCCGGCUCGGCUAAGUGAGUCAUGUACACAAGGUUAAAGUUAGCUUUAGCCCGCUCCUCACUUAAUUUACUUUUUAAUGCCGAUUGGUGUGGACAAGUUUGCUUUAAUAAGUAGGCCAAGAGGCGAGUGAGAGAAGUAAGUGUAAGUGAAACAGUUCGAGACUUGUGUGCGAGUGUUGGUUCAGUGAGGUGGCAACAUGCUCCUAUCCCUUGUCGUGCAUACGCACUCGCUCCGGUACUGGUUUCCGGCAACCGUCAUGCUGGGCACGGCACCGGUUUACUUGCUCUCGUGGGGGGCCUGGCGUUUUCUUUCCACGCUUUUGCCGGCCAGACUGUACCACACUUUAGACGACAGGCUGUACUGCAUCUACCAGAGCAUGGUCCUCUUCUUCUUCGAGAACUACACAGGAGUGGAGAUCGUCAUAUAUGGAGAUAUACCAAAAACCAAAGAGAAUGUGAUAUAUCUGUCGAAUCAUCAAUGUACAGUGGACUGGAUCAUUGCUGACAUGUUGGCGAUCAGACAGAGUGCCCUUGGCCAUGUCAGAUAUGUUCUUAAAGAUGGACUCAAGUGGCUUCCACUCUACGGAUGGUAUUUCUCUCAGCAUGGGGGGAUCUACGUGAAACGAAGUGCCAAGUUUAAUGCAGAGGCUAUGAAGAAGAAGCUUGUCUCUCAGAAUCAGUUGGGAGCACCAAUGUACCUCGUCAUUUUUCCGGAAGGAACGCGCUAUAAUCCCGAGCUCAAGAAUGUAAUCGCCGAUAGUCAGGCCUUUGCUACUAAAGAAGGGCUGGCUGUUCUGCAACACACAUUAACGCCCCGAAUGAAAGCUUCACAUAUUGCCCUGGAGACCAUGAGGGCCCACUUGGAUGCCGUCUAUGACAUCACAGUGGCCUACGAGGGAACGCUUGGCACUGACCACCAAAGAAAACCAGCGCCUUCAAUGCCAGAAUUCCUGUGCAAAGAAUGUCCGAGGGUCCACAUCCACUUUGAGCGUGUGGAUGUCAAGGAAAUUCCUCCCGAGCCACACUUCUUCCGCAGGUGGCUGCACGAGCGCUUUGAAAUUAAGGACCGGCUGCUGGCUGAUUUCUACAAGCGUGGCAACGGAGUCAAACUAUGCAGCUUCCCCGGGGAAGGCAGACGUUCCCCCUUGGGACUCUCCAAAACCCUCCCGGCCGUGCUCGUCUUGGGGGGUCUGACGCUGCCUCUGCUGCUGACUGACACCGGCAGGAAGGUGUACUGGAGAACCUGGGUGUACGGGACUCUUCUAGGUUGGCUGUGGGUCAAUUUGCUUCCUUAACGCACGGCCAUAAGAUGCGCAAAAGCGGUGCCAUGUUUCAGUAUUACCACGCAGGUUGUGUUGCAGAAGCAGAAUACUGCGGUACGUAAAGUACAAACACGCCGCCGGCGCACACGCUCGCACCACACGUGACUCACUGUGCUAAACCCAUGCAAAGAAUUAUUCGUCUUGUGCUGCGACUUGUUUCCCGGAACGAUCAGGCUUUGGGGAAACAACAGUGGAUUUGUUCAAAAGAAACUACAUGAAAUUCCUCAUUCGAGCUAAAAAUAACAAUUAACCUCACCCACUACCCACCGCUCCCCCCUACCUCCGCUCCCAAAUCGCUCACAUCAUGCAAACGUGUCCUCGCAUGCUCCUCAUUGCUCCAGCAGAGGUUGGCCAAUCUCUACCCAUGACAUUUAUCUUGGAUACUCAAACCGAAGUCAUUCUUCAGAGGGACAGCAUUCAUGUAUUUCAUGAGUUAGGCUCCGGCCUUGCUGUGUGGAGUUUGCAUGUUCUCCCCGGGCCUGCGUGGGUUUUCUCCGGGUACUCCGGUUUCCUCCCACGUUCCAAAAA